GAGAGAGGCAGCGACGGAGGAGGAGGAGGAGGGAGCAGUAGAUGAGUAGGGAGGGCUACUGGAGGCAGGAAGCAUGACAGAGAGACAGAGAGAGGAAGAGGUUUCAUUCUUCCCUCUGACAGGAUUCAGCAGGGCAGCAAAGAACUGGCUGAUGGAGAGCUGAGCUGCAGGCGGGGUUAGCCGCCAGCAGCGUGAUCCCCUGGGUAGACCAGAACACCUCCGCAAGGCUUUGAAUGGGAGCAGAGCACCGUCCCAGGGAGAGAUGACGGAGGGAAGUGACACACUUCUCUCCUUCCCCCAUGUAGAGAGCAGCACGGAGACUCUGCAUGACCAGAAGUGAAGGAGACUCGUUGGGCUGAAGGGACCUGAACGGAGACUGGAAACACCAGCUCAUCUUCCCUGCCUGUCGCCGCUUUUCUCCUUCAAACUCUCUGGAAUUUAACACCUGCAUCCUGCAGACAGAAAGGUGUGAAAGUGUGAAAAUCACACCUGGAGAGCCGUGAUUGGUGGAGAGAGGGACCGCUGAGGAACCAGCAUCGAUGACAACAGCUCAGACACAAAAGGACAAAGACGAGACUGUUGAUGAAAGACACCAUUGAUCUCUGAGCUGAUGCUGCACAGCACAUGCCCUCCAUGAGCGCUGGCUGGGUGCUGCUCCUGGCUUCUCUCUUCGAUUAGAAAAGGAAGCAUAUCUAGACAUACAGAACCAGAGGGAUUCUACAGAUGUUCAGCUGAAGGACGGACGUCCCUGCAGAUCCAGGAGACAGGAUGGGAGGCCACCUGCAGGUCCUGCCCUAGGGCAUGAGGAGACGUCCUCCAGGAGGAUCCCUCUGACGGCCGAGCCACAGAGGACGCUGAUGGGAGGGAGCGGUCUCUUCUUCCUGGCAGCACAAUGCACACGGCUGCAGAGCUGAGCUCCGGCGCUACGAUGAGCAACAUGACUGUGCAGGACUCCCCUGACCUCUACGAACUCGACCUGACCUCCUCUGAGGACGUCUAUCCCAUCGGCUUCCAGGUUUCCUUGACAAGCUUCCUGGUUCUGGAGAUCGUGUUGGGCCUGAGCUCCAACCUCAUGGUUCUGGUCCUCUACUGCAUGAAACAGAACCUCAUCAGCUCCGUUUCCAAUGUCAUCACCAUGAACCUGCAUGUGGUGGAUGUGUUGGUGUGUGUGGGCUGCAUCCCUCUGACGUCCGUGGUGAUACUCCUCCCUCAGGAGGCAGGAACGGCCUUGAUCAGCUGCUUCCAUGAGGCCUGCGUGUCCUUCGCCAGUGUGGCUACCGCUGCGAAUGUGCUGGCCAUAACCGUGGACCGUUACGACAUCUCAGUGCGGCCAGCGAACCGCGUGCUGACGAUGGGCCGGGCUGUGGCUCUGCUGGGAUCCAUCUGGGGUCUGUCCCUUUUCAGUUUUCUGGUUCCGUUCAUGGAGGUGAGCUUCUUCGUCGGACCCGGUUCCCAUCUAGUGAACCAGACGGACUCGGCGACGGUCCUGGACGAGAGUGGGCCUUACUCAGAGCUGGGUUUGUACUACCACCUGCUGGCACAGAUCCCCAUCUUCUUUUUCACUGCCGUGGUGAUGCUGGUGACUUAUUACAAGAUCCUCCAGGCAUUAAACAUCCGCAUUGGGACCCGCUUUCAACACAACCUGCCCAAAAAGAAGCCUAGAAGCAAAAACACCAUCUCCCUUAGCACCGCUGCACAAGCAGAGUCCACAGAGGCGUCCCAGAGCAGCACGGCGGGUAAGGGCGGUGGAAGUGCCCCGCUAGGCAUGCGGGCAUCGGUUUCAGUGAUCAUAGCGCUAAGGCGAGCGGUGAAGCGGCACCGCGAGAGGAGAGAGAGGCAGAAACGGGUUUUUAGGAUGUCUCUUCUGAUCAUCUCCACCUUCCUCCUCUGCUGGACUCCGAUAACCGUUCUUAACACAAUCAUCCUCAGCGCCGGCCCCAGUGACCUGACUGUACGCCUUCGGCUGGGUUUCCUGGUGAUGGCGUACGGGACCACCAUCUUUCACCCUCUCCUCUACGCCUUCACCCGUCAAAAGUUUCAAAAAGUCCUCAAAAGUAAGAUGAAGAAGAGGGUGGUGUCAGUGGUGGAGGCAGAACCGACCCCGAACAAUGUGGUGAUUCACAACUCCUGGAUUGAUCCGCGAAGGAACAAGAAGGUCACCUUCGAGGACACUGAGGCCAGACAGAAGUGUCUGUGCUCACAGGAAGCAGAGUGAGGGACGGUGCAUUGGACAUCCUGCAGCAGGCAGCGGAUCAGGAUGUUCCCUUCGUUAGGAGACAAAGAGUCUGAUUACACCGGCUCUGGCACAGUGUUUUCCACCUGACUGAGUGACUAACCGAUGAAGCAUCAGCAGAAACUGCAUUAAAAC